AUGGACACCAUAUCCUGCAUUGGUGAAGGAUGGAGGCUGUGCACAGCUGCAAGCUUUAUAAGCUGCAUCAUUCUGAUAUUCUUUCUCAACCACAGCCAUGACAGGGUAAACCUAUCAACUCUUGGGAACAUAGCCAUAAAAUCAACACUACCGGCCAAUGAAUCAGAUGCAAACAUGAAGCUCUUGCAAGUAGCAGACUUGAAGGAACACAUGAAACAGAUAAAUAAAGAAGACAAAUGCAAUGUAUUUGAUGGAAAAUGGGUUUACGAUCCGAAGCAAAGCCCUCUCUACCAAGGAGCUCAGUGUCCAUUUCUUAGUGACCAAGUCAGCUGCCAAAGGAAUGGAAGGGCAGAUUUCAUGUAUGAGAAAUGGAGUUGGGAGGCCAAGGGGUGUAAGAUUCCAAGGUUUAAUGGAACAGACAUGUUAGAGAGACUUAGAGGAAAGAGAGUGAUAGUAGUUGGGGACUCUCUCAACAGAAACCAGUGGGAAUCUCUAGCUUGUCUACUUUACUCGGCUCUCCCACCCUCUCAAGCCCAAGUUGAUGUGGAAAGUGGCAUCUACAAGGUCUUCACAGCAAAGGAGUAUAACUGUUCUGUUGAGUUCUACUGGAGCCCAUUUCUAAUGCAGCUAGAAAUUAACCAAGAGAAUGGUGCUAGAAUUCUUAGGCUUGACAGAGUUGCUACCUCAGCCAAGAAGUGGGUCGGGGCAGAUGUUAUGGUAUUCAACACCGGUCACUGGUGGGUGCACCAUGGAAAGAUCAAAGCGUGGGACUUGUUUCAAAAUGAGGGAAAAACGGUGGAGAAUAUGGAGAUUGAAUCAGCAUUUGAGAAGGCUAUGAAUACCUGGGCACGUUGGAUUGAUCAAAAUGUGGAUGUGACCAAAACCAGAGUCUUCUUCCGGAGCAUUUCCCCAGAGCACAAGGGAAAGCUUUGGUGCUACAACAAGACCCAACCCAUCACGGACGAUUCCUAUGAAACAACAUUUCCCAGAAAAAUUAUAGAAGCUGUUGAGAGAACAAUCCAGCGCAUGAAGACCCCGGUGACAUACCUGAACAUUACGAAGCUGUCUCAGUAUCGAAGAGAUGCACACCCAAUGAUUUACAAGACAAAGCAAUGGAAGCAGUUAGCUAUGCAACAAAGACAACCAGAGUCCUCUGCUGAUUGCAGCCACUGGUGUCUGCCUGGCCUGCCAGAUACCUGGAAUAGGCUAUUGUAUGCUUCAUUGCUCUUGGACACUUCCGAAGUCAUUCUUAGCUCGUAA